CUUUAGAUCAAUUUUGCUACUUAGUACUGUAUUGCUAUACUUAUUCAAUUUAUGAAUUAUCGAAGGUACUAGUAAAGUUAUAUUUGUCCCUCUCAGAUCUCGUCUGUACUAUAGAGCGGCUGCUAAACAUGAAACUGAUCGUGAAAAAUUAUUACUCUGCUAUCAAGUCAACCAACAAAUACAGCAAGGCAAAUUCCCAAUCACUCGUGAGCUUGCACUUGAACUGGCUACACUUAUGGCUCAAAUUGACAUGGGCGAGGUGAACAGUGAAAGAUCAAGAGGGUCUGGUUCAUCUGGUCCUUCUAGUGCUCACAUUCAGCAAGCUUUCACCAAGUUCUACCCAGCAAGAUAUCGUGAAGAUCUCAAUGAAGAGGAAACAAAGACAUUGCAUGACAGCUUACAAGAAAAGUGGGUUGGGUUGAGAGGAAGAACACAAAGUGACUGUGUUCGAAUAUACCUGACGUGUACGAGGAAAUGGCCAUACUUUGGAGCUACACUAUUUCCUGCUGCUACACCAUCAUCAGAUGGUCCACCAACACCAGUGUGGGUGGCUGUCAGUGAAGAUGCUAUCACACUUCUGGAUCAUACUAGCAUGGUCUCUAUUGGCAGUGGAAUUCAGCAACAAAGCACACUAGAUAUGUAA